AUGAGCUCAACUAGCGACGAUGAUAUCUGGGAUCUCGACCAGGACGACAUAUCCAGCGAGCGAGCAAUCGCUGCCCAAUCCCUGAGAAAACUUGAAAACGAGUUCAACAACGCUGGCUACAAGUACGGUGUGGAUGCCAGCAAAACUGAUCAUAUGCAGGAGGGCUUUGACCAAGGGCUAGAGCUCGGCAUGCAGCGCGGACGAGCACUGGGUGCCCUUCUGGGUGCACUGGUCUCUCAGCGCGAGCUGUGCAAAAAGCUUGAGCUGCCCGCAGAAAAUGUUGACAAGCUGGUGAUGCGAAUACGCGCAAUGAACCACAAAGGUGCCAUCAAGGAGGCAUAUUCACAGACUGUCGAUAUUGCCAAGGGGGCCAGCGAGCCCACAGAAAAGUAUCUUAUCCUUGCCAAAGAGGCCGAGGAGGCGAUUCAGCGACUAGAUGCGGUGAUUUCAAGCAAUAAGUGA